AUGAUAAAUCAAUUCGGUUAGUUAUACAAGAUGUUUAUUAGACCAACCCGCUAAGAAUAUAAUAAUCAAGAUUUAGGAAAUCCAUACCAAAUAUAUGGAUAAUAUAAAUCAAAAAGAGAAGAUAUAAUAAUUCUUAACAAAAAAGGAUAAAAACUUUAAUGUUCUUUAUUUUACCCUUUACUUUUAAGUUAGAGUAAUGAUGAUUUUCCUUUAAAAAAGAUAAAUUGUGUUAUAUAUUGUCAUUGUAACAGUGGAUCUCGAUUAGAACCUCUUAGAUUUCUACCUUAAUUAAUAUCUAAAGGUCUAGCUUUAUUUUGUUUCGAUUUUUCUGGAAGUGGACUUUCUGAAGGCGAAUACGUAACUUUAGGAAAAAACGAAAGUGAAGAUUUAGAUUUAAUAAUCUAAUAUUUAAAAAAUAGUGAAAAAGUAAGUAAUAUGAUAUUAUGGGGAAGAAGUAUGGGCGCUGUAACAUGUUUUUAAUAUUUAAACAAACCAGGCUCUAUGAGAAAUAUCAAAGGUGUAAUAUUUGAUAGUGGAUUUGCAAAUUUAAAAUUUCUUGCACAAGAUUUAGCUAAAUAGAAAACAGGAAUGCCUUCAAUUUUAAUAGAGACAGCUUUAAGCUUUAUAAGCGAAUAAAUUAAAUAAAAAUGCAAUUUAGAUAUAAAAAGUAUUGAUUUGACAAAAAAUAUACAUAAUCUGCAUAUCCCAUGCUUUUUUAUUUGUUCCAAAGAAGAUACUUUUAUCAAAUGUUAACACACUGAACAGCUUUAUAAUAGGUAUAAUGGAAGAAAAUGGCUUGAAUAUGUGAAUGGAAACCAUAACGCAGAUAGAUAACCUGAGUUUGUCGAAAAAAUAAGCGUAUGGAUUUUUAAAUUGUUUGAAGAAAAUCUUAAAAAUAAUAAUAAUAUUGAUUAGAAUUUAAGAAAAUAAUAAAGCUUUCAUAUGAUGAGUUAAUCUAGUAUCAGCAUUAAUAUAAAUAAUAAUUUGAAAAGAUCGUAAACUCCUAUUUAUUUCAAAACAGGCGAAAAAGAUAAUAUAGAGACUGACAAAAAUAUUAUUUUUCUAGUUUGUAAUAUUAAUAAACUAAUGAAAAAGAAUUUUCUACUUAAUAAUUUUAAUAAUAUAAAAAAGAAGAUACAGCUACAAAGAAUAAAUUCAAAAAUAACAGAUCAGUUACUAUUGAUUUUUAAUAGUUUUCUAAAAUAAUGA